UAGGCAAACAACAAUGCAGGAUCGGGUGUCUCUGUUUCCCUAGCAACGCAUUUUAUAUUAGGUGGAGGAUUGCAGGAGUUGGACUUUAAACUGAGGUGGGACUGACAAGCCGGCGCUUCCUGGAUCCUAGCAGCGGCACUUCAAUAUGGCAAAGUUCUUCACACCCGCCCAAAUCAAUGAAUUCAAGGAGUGUUUUUCCUUGUACGACAAGAAUCAUAAGGGAAGAAUUCUUGUCAAGGACUUGAUCACAGUCAUGCGCUGCCUGGGUACCAGCCCCACAUUUGGGGAGAUUGACAGACACCUGCAGGUCAACGGAAUAAGCAAAACAGGCGAGGUGGACUUCUCAACUUUCCUGACCAUGAUGCACAGGCAGAUGCAACAAGAAGACCCCAAGGCAGAGAUACUAGAGGCUUUGCGGAUGACAGACCGCCAGAAGAGAGGAUACAUUCAAGCAUCUGAGCUCCGGACCAAACUCACCAAGUUGGGGGAGAAACUCACUGACAAAGAAGGUAGCAUUUCCCCCUGUUGUUUUAUCUUGUAUUAUCACACACCUAAACACAAGUGUAAAUAUAUAAAUCAAUCAUACAUCUUUUUUUGUCACAUUGAUGGUCACCGCCAAUUUCGCCAAUUAUGUUCUAAACCUUUUUGUUCAAUGAUGCUGUUCAUGGAUGUAAUGGAGAGGAAGCUGAUCUGAGUGAAACAAUCGGCCGUUGCCUGCGAGCACAUUGCAAACAUUGUCUCACAAAAGAGUAGACGAGACCAAACUCAAAGAAUUUUGCAUUUGAGCGGAGAGGUGAAGAACACAAUUUCCCCCGGUACAGAAUUUGAAACACUGCCACAUUGAUUACAUUGCCAUAAAAAAAAAAAAAACAAUAAGAGCAGAAUAGGGUCCCCUUAUUCUAUUUACUUAGGCUUGUUAAACACUGGCACAUACACAUAAAGAUUCUUUCCCUUUCAGUGAUGGACUCACCUUGUUUCCAAGGUGCAUCAUUUCCAAUGUAGCAGGACACUGAUAUUCCAUUAUUAUUAUUAUAAUGCAUGCCGUCCACUUAACACAGCAAGAUAUCCACAAUCGGCUUUUUAAAUAGAAAAAUGUGUCAAAAGCAAACAGUAAAGC